AUGGAAACCUCCUCCCCUAUAUCGCUCCCCGAGGAUGCGCCCCAAACCCCUCUGACCAUCGCCGCAGUAAACGAGUAUCGAACGGCAAGAGUAGCGGAAGUAUUAGAGGACUUCCGCACACUGCAAUAUUACAUCGCAGCAGCGCCUUCUGAACCGUACAACUCUGAGGACUUUUACACGGAGGGCUGGGCCGCCCUGCGGCAGUGCGCAAUGGAUGGACAGCACAUCCUCAACUGCGCCGCAGACACGACCGUCCCGGAGACUUCGGGCGGCGAGGAUGAGCAGCAGAAGGCCGAGUUGAAGCAGGUGCUCCUCGACGCCUAUGCUCGCCGACACGAAGCACAGAAAAUCUACCUACGUCAAGCCGCAGCACAGAGAUGGAUCGAAUACCGAGAGCAGGUUCUCCAGGGACAUCGACCUAGUUCGUCUCACCGAAGGCAGCUGCGGGCCUGCGACGACCAACUGCGUAAUGAACUACAACAAGUCACGGACGACACGAUCUACCAAUCGCUCCGAAACUCUGAUGCCACCAUGGGCCGCUGGACGGCAGAGGACCCGAGCCUGCGCGCUGUGCAGCGCUGGGUGCGCUCGCGACCUCAAACUACUUAA